GCCUGGAUUUCUUGAUACUGAUACAAGUAUUACAAAUGAAAUAGUCGAACGAAAAAUUGCAUCACAAAUCUUUGAGAUGACUGCACCAGGUGUUCAUGCCUUUUUAAUUGUAAUCCGAAUAGGUCGAUUUACACCGGAAGAAAAAAAUACGGUCGAUUUUAUUCGACAUAUAUUUGGUAAAGAUGCUGUUCAAUAUUGUAUUGUUGUCUUCACUGCUGAGGAUCAAUUAGAGGAAGGUCAACCUCUAGAAGACUUUAUUAAUACAGCACCAGCAUUAAGAGAACUAGUUCGAGCUUGUGGUAAUAGAACAUUUGCUAUCAAUAAUAAAUUAAAUGGUGAGCCGUUAGCAAGAAAAACAAAUCGAUUGAUUGAAAUCAUUGAUAAUAUGAUUAGAAAUAAUAAUGGUACUUAUUAUACUAAUGCCGAAUAUCAACGAAUCGAAAGACAGCGACAAGAAGAAAAGAGAAAACGUGAAGAAGAAGAACGUCGAGCUGAAUCUAAUUCAUUUCUCAACUAG